CAGAAAACUCUCAAGUCAAAACGGAAAAUAUAAGAACGAAGCACGGACAGAGGGAUCGGAAACACAUAACAAUCAAAUUUUAUUUAUUUAUUUACCAUUUUUCCUUAUUCAAUCUAUAAUAACAGUAAGUUAGAUCGAAAAAUAGUAAUAAUAAUUUUUUUUUUAAAUCUGAAGUCUUUGAUCCGAAUUCAUCCAAGCAAAAAUGGAUUCCGAUUUCUGGACCUCUCGCCUCGCCGCCGCCAAACGCCAAUAUACUUUGCAGAACCACCAUCAGAGCUCCCACUUAGAUCGGUUGGGCAUGGAUGAUUUCGAGGUUGAAGACGAUCUCCGACCUGAGUUUCCGUGCCCCUAUUGCUAUGAAGACUUCGAUAUCGCGUCCCUCUGUUCGCAUCUCGAAGACGAACACUCGUGCGAGUCUAAAGUCACCGUUUGUCCCGUUUGCUCCAUUAAAGUUUCACGGGACAUGUUAAGUCAUAUAACGCUGCAUCAUGGGCACUUGUUCAAGUUGCAAAGACGUCGAAGGCUACGGAGAGUUGCCAUUCCUAAUAGUCAGGCACUGUCUCUUCUUGGCCGGGAUCUUCGUGAAUCUCAUUUGCAGGUGCUUCUUGGAGGUGCCGGAUAUCGAUCAAACAAUGCUAGUGUUUCCAAUGCAGCAACUGAUCCGUUCCUGUCAUCUCUUAUUUUAAAUUUUCCUGCAUCUGAAACAGAAGAAAUUUCAAAGUCUGUUGUUGCCAGUGCAAAUGACACUUCUAAGGAGAAAGGGGUAUCAGCUCAUAUUUGGAAAUCAAGUUUUGAUCCUUCUUUGAGUUACGAAGAGCGCGAGAAAAGGAUGAGGCAAGCUGCUGGAAGAGCUGGAUUUAUGCAAGAUCUGCUCCUCUCGACGCUGUUCAGAGACUAAUGGCAAAAACUAAGUGGUUCUCAAAUAAUGGAGAAUGACUUGUUGCAAAAAUCCUCAAAAAAGGGGCUACUUUUUUGGGUGGGACGUCUCAGAUGCUAUUUUGUUGAACAAUCACAACAGCUCUUACGAGGGCACAAUGAUAUUGAUAAUAUCCCAGCCAUAUUGCUUCUCUUCCAACCAUGUUGUACUACAUUCUGAAAAAAAUAAUACAUUCUGAAAAAAAUAAUGUUCUUUCAAUUCAAGGGAAAACUUCAUCCAUAUAAUUGUUGCCAUCUUGCAAGUUAGAAUUUCCUUGCA